AUGCUUGGCGUCACGCCGCCGAUCAAGUCUGACCUUCCGACGAGGGAAGAGCUCGAUCGCACGGCGGCGUUGCUCGAGGAGCUCAAGCGUCAAAAGACAUUCGAAAGCCCAGCCGAAACAAACAAGAGGGAACAAGUUUUGAGCAGUCUCGAGAGCAUAUGCAACGAAUUCGUCAAGCGAGUCGCGCGAGAGAAGGAUCCCGAAAACGAACUCCUUAUCCGCAAUGCCAUCGGUCGAGUCUUCACGUACGGCAGUUACCGCCUCAAGGUGUACGGUCCUGGUUCCGACAUUGACACACUCGUCGUGGCGCCGAGAUAUGUGAAUCGCGAGGACUACUUUAAGCACUUCCCAAGUUUGCUCCUAGAGAUGGCCCCCGAGGGAGCCAUCACAGGUCUGACGCCGGUGGAGGGUGCAUUUGUGCCAAUCAUCAAGUUCGAGUAUUCUGGCAUCAGUAUCGACUUGAUCUUCUCGAGGAUCAUGCAGAAACAACUAUCACCCGAUCUCAACCUGAAGGACUCGUCGAUUCUUCGGGGUCUGGACGAGCAGGAACUGCGCUCCGUCAACGGCACGCGCGUCACAGAUGAGAUCCUCGACCUGGUCCCUGAGCUGAGUACGUUCCGUACUGCCCUGCGAGCAAUCAAACUCUGGGCUCAGCGUAGAGCAGUGUACGCAAAUAUCAUGGGUUUCCCGGGAGGUGUUGCGUGGGCUAUGCUUGUCGCGCGUAUCUGCCAACUCUAUCCCAGAGCGACUGCUGCUGUAGUUGUGAACAGAUUCUUUGUCGUUGUGAGCAGAUGGCCAUGGCCGAAACCGUGUCUUUUGAAGGACAUCGAGGACGGCCCUCUUCCUGUGCGGAUUUGGAAUCCAGAGAAAAACUUUGGCGACAGGAAACACUUGAUGCCAAUUAUCACCCCGGCGUACCCUUCCAUGUGUGCCACUUUCAACGUCACACACUCAUCAAAGGCCGUCAUCCAACGUGAGCUUGAACGCGGGUUUGAGCUCACUGAGAAGAUCAUGACGAAGAAAGAGGAUUGGAAAACACUCUUUGACAAGCAUACCUUCUUCACACAAGGCUACAAACACUACAUUUGCGUCAUAGCCACUAGCAAGAACAAGGAAGCGCACAAGCUAUGGUCAGGAUUGGUAGAAUCCAAGGUUCGUAUGCUCGUGCAGAAGUUAGAGGUCCACCGGUACAUCCAACUGGCCCACGCCUUUGUCAAGGGCUAUGAGCGUCGCCACAAGUGCCGUUCAUACGAGGAGAUUGAGCAAGUGCAAGACAAUUGCCUGGACUACGUCGCAGGUCCCGAUGAGCCGGAGAACCCUCCCGAAGAACCUGCCCAGCAGGCCGUUGGCGAGGAUGGGGCGCCCACAAAGGACAGUGCCUCGGUCACGAACGGAGAAGCCGCUGCUAUAAAGGCGGAUGCCCAACUCAACGGGGCGGUCAAGAAGGAGGAGAACAAUGAUCAUGGGACAAACGACGAUGCGCCCGCCCAGACAGCAACGGCUGAACCGGAAAUGGCAAACGGGCAAGAGACUGAAACUGCCACUCCAACACCCGCCGUCAAAGUCGAACCUCGACCCGACCGACCUCUGGACGUGUACACCAUGACGCACUACAUCGGACUCGAGCUUGCAAAAGAUGCCAAGCAACUGGAUCUCGCAUACGAAACUAACGAGUUCCGUCGCCUGUGUGAGAGUUGGCCGAAAUACACCGAGGACCUGCAAGACCUGUCGACGGUCUCGGUCAAGCAUUGCCGGAACUUUGACCUCCCCGACGACGUUUUUGAGCCAGGCGAGAAGAAGCCUGCCAAGAAGGGCAAGAAAGCCGGGGCUGCUAAAAGCGCCCCUGGUGGCGUCAAACGCGAGGCCACGGAGGAGCACUCUCAACCGCCUCCCGCCAAAAGGCAACAGUCCUCGCUCACGGCAGCGGGCUGA